UCGCAAAUUGAAUCGUCUUCUUGCUAUCCCAUGGACACUAAUUUGCGAUCCAAAGUCUGUUUAUACACGUGGGGUGCUAACAGCUACGGCCAGUUGGGCCAGGGACAUGUCGAAGACCUCUCGGUGCCUAAGCUCGUUGUUGAUGACUUGCAACUGUCAGGGACAGUGCAGUGUCUCAGUGGAGGGGGUGGACAUUCCGCUCUUGUUUCUGAUGGAGAGUUGCUGGUGUGUGGGCAGAAUCACAAGGGACAACUGGGAAUCAAACACGCUACAGAACUUGCAACCCUUCACCGCUGUUCUCUGCUGAACCAGAGGGUUGCUCAAGUGUCCUGUGGCUGGGAUUUUACUGUCCUUCUCACUGAUGAUGGACAGGUUCUGACAUGUGGGUCGAAUGUCUAUGGACAGUUGGGUGUCUCAAAGCCAGUCUCACACUCUUCAGAGCUGCUCCCUGUUAAGAUCUUACAGGUACAUGUGAUUGGUGUGGCAGCUGGACUCAGGCAUUCACUCGCUGUCACUAGUACGGGCUGUGUCUAUCAGUGGGGGAUGGGUCUCUCAGGUCAGGCUAAGAGAGCGCUGAGUCCACUCCCUGUCCCAACUCACUUCAGCUCAAGAGAACCUUGUCUGGUCCCAGGUCUGGAUCAAGUGACGCCAAAUAAAGUGGCCUCGGGUUCCGCUCACUGUGUCUGUCUAACCGAAGUGGGUGAUUUGUUCCUGUGGGGAAGCAACAGACAUGGUCAGCUGACCUCUGGAGAGUCCUUUCUGCCCAAACCUGUACUUCUGGACCACACUCUUCUAGAUAGAGAAAGGGUUACUGACAUAUGGAGUGGUUGGACUCAUCUUGUGGCCAAAACAGAAAGUGGCAGGGUUUUCACGUGGGGAAGAGGGAGUUAUGGACAGCUAGGAAGGACGAACCUGACCAAUCAGAGCGCAAAUGAGCAGUCAGGUGCUUCCUUGGCAGGGGCUGUAAACCAAAGGGAGUGUGUCCCUGCUGAGGUUAAACGCCUUUAUGGAGCAACACAGAUUGCUUGUGGAUCCGAACAUAACCUUGCCAUUGUAGAGGGUUGUCUACUUUCCUGGGGGUGGAACGAGCAUGGGAUGUGUGGAGAUGGAUCCCAAACAGAUGUCAUCCAGCCACAGCCCAUAUCUGGCCUGAGUCCUCUUCUGAUUGGCUGUGGAGCAGGGCAUUCCAUGGCCCUGUGUGCUUCUGAGGCCAGUCAAGUGUUUCUGGAGGACCAGAAUACUGGUUAACUUUGACACGGGAGUAUGCACUGACUAGACAUGAGGGUUCAGGCCUUCAGAAGAAUUUACAUGAUUGAUGUGGAAUAUCUGACAAAGAACAUUUGACAUUUAAUCAUUUGUUUUCAUCAACAACAAACAACGGCAUGACUUGAAAUUGAAUCCCCAUGAUCUGUAGCUAAGCUUGUAUUUUAAAGUACUAACAUUUUUUUACAAGCCUCUUAAGAUCUACAAGCACGUCUGUAUUCAAACUGUAAAACACAAAUAUUUUUCUGAGGUUUGUAACAGGUUGAUUUAUGUGUCACGGGGAGGGUGGCCCAUCAUUCCCCAUGAUCACUCCAUCACUUUGAUGGACAUGAUUGGGAGGGACCGUUUUUCCAGGACACCGCCGUGAUUAUGGCUGCCUGUCUGCCUGCCAUGCUUGUCUUCCCCCUGAACAAGGCCGUUAUGGAGCGUCUGAAAGAUGGGCUGGACUGCUGUUGUAGUUCCAUCUCACCAUGUCACAGGGUUUAUUGUAGUGAUAUUGAGCAUGAGGAGACAUUCAAUCUCAGUCUCCUUCGUCAAUACAGAAACUCUCACGGUCAUGUAGUGAUUUACCACUUAGGUAUAAAGUGUAUAUUAUCCACAAUAUUCCCAUCGCAGGUUAAGGUGUUUGAAUGUUAAAGACGCCUGGUGGUAUGAGAUGGUUCACUGGCUCGACAUUUCAGUUUUUCCCUUUUUUGAGUAACACAGCUCUCAGAUUAUCAUUUGUUUAUAUGUUAAAUUGGAUCGACCAAUGUCUUGUCUUUAUUAGAAUGUUUAAAUGUUAUUUUUAUUUGGCAUCUGAAUGGUGCAGAUUUUAACCAUCGUCAGCAUGAGACUGUCUACACAUUGCAUUGGUUUUUCACGCUUAAAAGCUUUGAAUCUUUCUAUGCAACCUGUCUGUACAAAGUUUUAAAAUAACACAAUGAUGUCACUUAAAUAUUACAAUGAAUAUGUACAGGAAAUGGAACAGAAAAAAAUAAGAAUUGACCCACUCAAAAAAAUAAAAUCAAGACUGUGUGAAAAUAAUCA